GGAGGGUAAACUGCAACGCGGACCAGUCGACAGGAAGAAGGAAGAUAGGAAGGACGCAGAGUUAUUUGGAAUAGAGAGAGUUUGGAGUUGGUCAGAAUGAAGGUGACGUUAGUGUUGUGUGCAGCAUUGAUGACGCUGGCCGUGCUAGCCGACGACAACCGGAGUGGCGUCGUCGUCGUCUCCGACGAACGCGAGGGCCGCCUCAUCGGCAAGAAGCUGGCUCUGCUCGGUCUUCUCGGCAUCAAAGCCAAAGGACUGAAGGGGGCUGCCGGAGCCGCCGGGGCCGCAGGAGCUGCUAAGGCUGGCGCUGCUGGAUCCGCCGGUCUGGCAGGUCUUGCAGGUCUUGGGGGUCUUUCAGGUAGCGUUGCCACUACAGGCGUAGGAUAUCCGGUCCAAGUGCACCAACCGGCACCAUUGCUGGUUCUCGAGACGAAACGUCGCGAGACGUACGUUCCAGUGAAGGCUUCCAUAGUGCAAAAGCCGGUGGAUAGCUACUACGUAGUAGGAACUGCUCCUCCGGUGGUGUCCGCAACGUACGAGCCAGUGUACGUGACGAAGUACCCUAAGCCGCAAACUGUGUACGUGGAGCCCCAGCCUGUGCACGUUCAGCCUCAAGCUGUGUAUGCAGAGCCUCAAGCUGUGUAUGCAGAGCCUCAAGCUGUGUAUGCGGAGCCUCAAGCUGUGUAUGCCGAGCCUCAGCAGGUGUACCAGGAGACAUCUCCUAUCUACGCGGAGCCUCAGGUUGUGGUGCAGCAGCCUUACGCAGGGUAGUCUAAGAGUAGCUGAUCAUUUGCAUCUUGGUUAGACGAGACAACGUCGAGUUGAUUGAGGCGCUGUGUCGGUCUUGAAAUAAUACACUGCUGCUGGAGCAGCUAAAGCAGUGAAAAAUGAAAUGCAACAUUAUGCUGAGAGGGACUUGGCGUGUUUAUCUUGAUCGGAUCGCUGGCAAACGGAUAUGUUGAUGUAUGAUGACAAAUACAGAUUUUUGAUUGUUCCCGA